GGCAAUAUCGCUAUCUUCAGAUUCACAAUUUAAUAUGAGCGGCGAUUGUGAAACAAAUAGAAUGAUGUGCAACCCAAUUAGUAGAUCGAAGCUACUUUCAAUAUUCAGGUAGUUAGACUCUGUUAUUGCAAUACGCCUAGUCACAUCACUAAGUAAGAAACAACACGCGAUGGGCAUGCCCAAAGGGAUCUGGUAUUCUUGGCUAUCAGUCAUCAACACGAUCAGAAAUGGAUGAUUACCCAGGUAUGAAAUGAUGAUGAGGUCAACAUAGUUGGACUAAAGAGAACAAGUGUAUAUAAAUCCAUGAAACCUCCCGAUUACAGAAGUAAACCUCAACGUGCUCUCCUCAAGUCUGCUACUUACCCCUGAAUCUUCACAUACCUCAUACCUAUCAACACAACUUCAUCACAAACCCCUAACCACCCAAAAUGACCCCCAACAAAACCCUCAUCUUCAAAAAAAUCCCCACGGGCCUCCCAAUCCCAGGCGAACACCUCGUAAUCGAAAACCGCCCCAUCGACCUCUCGACCCCCCCUCCAUCCGGCCUCCUCGUCGAAGUCCUCUCCGUAUCCCUAGACCCGUACCUCCGCGGGCGGAUGCGUCUCCCCAGCAUCCCCUCCUACAAACCCGCCUUCCCGCUCAACACCCCCGUCGCAAACGACGCCCUAGCCCGGGUCCUCAAAUCCGACACUCCGAAAUUCCAGGAGGGAGACGUGUUGUACAUCUUCCUCCCCGUCGCGGAAUACGUCGCCGUAACCCCGGAAAUGCUGCACUCCGCGGUAAAGCUGGAGAACAAGUAUAGUCUUCCCCUCGACGUCUUCCUCGGCCCCCUCGGCAUGCCGGGCCUCACGGCCUUCUCCUCGCUACACCAAAUCGGCAAGCCGCGCCGCGGCGAAACCAUCUUCGUCAGCUCUGCCGCCGGCGCCGUCGGUUCGCUGGUCGGACAGUUAGCGAAGCGGGAGGGGAUGACGGUCAUUGGGUCCGUGGGGUCGGAUGAGAAACUUGAUUUCAUCCUGAAGGAGCUGGGGUUCGACGCGGGGUUUAAUUACAAGAAGGAGAGGCCGUGGGAUGCGUUGGGACGUCUGGCUCCGGGGGGCAUCGAUGUGUAUUAUGAGAAUGUCGGGGGCGCGCAUUUGGAGGCUGCGCUGGAGCAUUUGCGUGUGCGUGGACGUGUGGUGGUUUGUGGGAUGAUUGAGGGGUAUAAUAGCCCGCUUGAGGAGAGGUACGGGGUUAGGAAUUUGCUGGAGAUUUUUGCGAAGAGGCUUUCGGUUGCGGGGUUCCUUGUUUCGGAUGAGGAUUUUGGACCGAAGUAUACGAGGCGCCAUCAGGAGUGUGUGCAGAAGUGGAUUGCGGAGGGGAGUGUUAAGGCGAAGUUGCAUGUUACGAGGGGGAUUGAGAAUGCGGCGGAGGGGUUGGUGGAGAUUUUUCAGGGGAAGAAUUUUGGGAAGGCGGUUUUGAAGAUUAAGGAGUAGGGUUGAUUUGGUUGGUGAUAUGUGAGAUGAGCUGGUUGAAGGGAUGGUGGAAGGUUAGCACGUCUUCAGUUGGUGGUGAGUGUGAUUUUACAGCAAGUUAGCUUCGUAUGAAAAAAUCGAAGCAACAUGUUUACCUAUGAAA